AUGUCUGAGAAGAAGGAAUGUGUUAAGCAGAGUUGCUCUGCUCUUGCAUUGCUGAAUUUCGAGAAUGCUCUGAAGCAGUUCCAGGAACUAGUUGAAAAAAUAGUAACCCAGAAGACAAAGAAGAGGUUAGGCUUGCAUAUUAAAGAUGAUGAUGAGAUAGACUAUGAUACAUUCUAUACAACCACACAGACACUUUUUGGUCCAGAAAUAAAAGAUCAUAAUGUUAAGACCUUUUUCAGGAAGAUUUGCCACAACCUUGAUGCAGAGACAGAAUGGUGUGAGAUUUUUGGCUAUUUCAAAGGAGAAACUGAUGCCACGUCUUCCCUGCUGAAUGAUGAAAACAUGGUUUUCCUUGUAUCUGAAAAACAGCAGAUUACUCACACAGUUGCCAAGGGACAAGAUGAUGUGAUUAAGGCUAUAGUGAGGGUGCCCCAUCUGGAUUUCACAGUAACAUCCUCUCAGAAAGGAGUGUUAACUAUUUUUGACAACCAGAUGAAUGUUCUGGCAACCAUCAGUGUUGAAAGUACUGCUUGGAUCACUGGAUGUGAUUUCCUGCCUCAGCUGAAAUGUAUUGUGGCUGUAGCUGAAAGGACAGUCAUCGUCUGGGACUAUAAACUAAAGGAGAGCAAGAAUAAUUGCUUUAUCAUCAAGCCAAUGGCAAAUGGCCUGCUCUGUGUUUGCACGGUGACUAUGUCAGACCACCAGGCUAAGGAUAAUAUCCUAAUGGGAGAUGAUAAGGGUUACGUUCACCUGCUUACUGUGACCAGUGAUCACUUUGGAUGGAAACAAUGCAAAGGCAAAAAAAAAUCACAACAUCAAGUCUUGGACUCCAAGUUAUUUAACAUUGUUAAACGCAAGCUACAUGAUGACUGGGUUGUGAAAGUUAAGUAUAUUUCUGACCUAAAUUGUUUUGGAUCCUGCUCCUCAGACAGCAUUCAUUCAUUUGUUUUGGAUGACAUAAAGCGACUGGAGGACAACUUACCUGUAAAGGAAUUCUCUGUUCCUAGAGGUGUCAAUGCCUUUGCAUACUGUGGAAAAGCAAAUGUCAUUGUCACUGGGGGUCAUGACAAACUGAUUCGUUUGUGGUAUCCUGCUAGUAAUAGUAGGCCUACAGGAGAGCUAUCAGGACACCAACACAGUAUUGUGGAAAUUGUGAUAAAUGAAAAAGACCAACAUAUCAUCAGCCUUUCUUCUGCAAAGAUUUUUAGAGUGUGGGAUAUACAGACUCUUUCACUGCUGCAGGUCUUCCCUGAUAAUCAAAGGAGUCCUGGAGAGAUGGAGGCCUUUGCCAUGGUAUUUGAUAACCAUCAUGGCACGCUUAUCACUGGUUCAACUGUCAUUGAUAUUUAUCCUCUAACUCGAAUGAUACAAGAUUCAAGACAGGUGCCAAAGACACAUGAGAAAAGCAUCACUGUUCUGGUUUACAACAAGGCUUUUCACCAGAUUCUCACUAUCUGCUCAGAGUCAAUACUAAAGGUCUGGGACCUAGAAACAGGAUACCAAAUAUAUCAGAUUGAAGAUGCUCAUGGGAUGAAUACUGAAGUGACCUGUGCAGCUUUUGAAAUAAAUGGGUUUUAUCUUGCUACUGGGGCAUGUGAUGGAACAGUGAAAAUUUGGGAGUCUGAAAGUGGGCAGGAAGUUAAAGCCUUGCCUUUGGCCCAGUCCAGCAAAGAUGAAUAUCGUCUGCUAAAGAUAGUUUAUCUGAAGGCUAAUGAGAGUCAACAUGCACUUCUUGUUUUGGAGCAGAGUGGGAAGAUGAAAAUCAUUCAGGGUAACUCAGUUCAAACAAAUCUAUAUGUCGCGUGGGUGCUUCCUGAGGCAGUGUCAUUUCCACGAAAGAAUCCACUUGUGUGUCUGUCACUGAAGCGUGACACCUUACAGACAAAUGAUUUUUUCCCAGAUAUUCAGCCACUGUCUGACUCCAGUUCUCCAAGGAAUGAUACGGAGAAUUUUGUACCUUCUGCGGAAGUGAAGUGUUUUGAUGUUUUAAAGCUAGAAGGAUGCAGUUUGAUAGCUACAGGAAGUGCAAAUGGUGCAAUAAUUUUGUGGGAUUUUGAAGCCGCCUCUGUGAGAUGCCUGUGUAAAAUUAAUGAAGACAGCCAGGCUUCAGUUCUUCAAGCAUCUGCAGUCAAUGCCAUUUUAUUCCUUGUACAUAGUACUUUCUCUUCCAGGAAAAUCAGUUCCCUGCCCUCUAUUAGUGCUAUUGCAAGGAGAGACGGAAGUGCCAUUAAAAAGCACAAGAGCAGUUCUUCGAACAUACAUAAGGAAAAUAUAAAAAGCGAUGAAAUUAAUACUCAGGUAACAACAGGAGACACAACUGGGUGUAAGAAUACUGAAUGCUUGAAGGUGAAUGUACAGCUAUCCAAAGCUGUAGUGGGAUACCCACCACUGCUGGCUUCUGCUCAUGAAAAUGGCUGUAUCUGCCUCUGGAAUAUUCAGGGAAACCUACUGAAAGAACUUUUGCCUUUUUCAAAAUAUCCUUCAGUUCCUCUGACAGCACUAUGUACAGACAGCUCCACUAAAAUACUUUUGGCAGGCAGUAAGGAGGGAUAUAUUAUGCAGUGGAGCAUUGCCUCAUUCUUAGAAGAUCCGCAAAGUAGUAAAAACCAAAUAAAGGAAGAGCUUUGCUGGAGUGCACACUCUGCUGAAAUUGUUGACUUAUUUCAUGAAGAAGAGAAAAAUGUGGUAGUGACAGCAUCUAUUGAUGGUUCAGUCAGGGUCUGGCAGGCUAUGAACGGAUACUAUCUUGGUUACUUCGGACAACCCAGGAAGUUUGAAUUAUCAAAUAUCAGUUGGUUGAUUUUACCUUAUGAUGUCAAUAACUUUCCUACUAUAAUUAAAGAAGAAAGCACACAUAUGGAAAAGAAGUCUGAAUAUCCUCUCGUGCUGGACUGUGACAGGCGGACAUCACUGACUAGAUCACCUUCAGUUUUAGAAAAGCCAGAACACAUGGACAUAGGUCAGGACUUGAAGUUUUUCAAAGCUCCAGCUUCUCCAAAGAUGUACAGACAACUCUUGGAAAAAUUUGAGUCUGAAUACAGAGAGACUGGUGUGGUAUUUGGAUGUCUUUCUAUAUAUGAGCUUGAGGAGCCAACUGAAGAGAAUGUGCUGCAAAGCCUUCAAUGGAACAAAGCUGAGAUAUCGAGUCCUACUGGCCAGACAAUGAAGACAGGUUUCAGCGGAGAAUAG